UUUUUUUUCUCAGAUGAUUCGUUUUGACCAAGAUACGUCUUUAAUUUUAAAAAAUGCACUUAAUUAAGAAUUCUUGGGAAACUGCGCCUCACCGAUGGAUUUAGAUUGUUUGCAGGCCUGUCAAUAUUUCGUAGAGAAUAGUUGAAGUAUUAUAUUUUGCAAAAAGUGCUGAAAUAGCAGGAGUUCGUUCAGAGACCAUUUCCGUGCCACAAGAAAUAAAAGCAUUGCAACUGUGGAAAGAAAUAGAAACUCGGCAUCCUGGAUUGGCUGAUGUUAGAAAUCAGGUGAUAUUUGCAGUUCGUCAAGAAUAUGUGGAGCUGGGAGACCAACUCCUCCUCCUUCAACCAGGAGACGAAAUUGCCAUUAUCCCCCCCAUUAGUGGAGGGUAGUGCUUUUGAGCCAUUUAGAAAAGAUAUGGACAAAGUUGAAGAGACAUCUAAAGACAUAAUAAAAUUCACUGCUGAGAAACUUUCUGUGGAUGAUGUCUCCCAGUUGGUGGUGUCUCCUCUCUGUGGUGCAAUAUCCCUGUUUGUAGGGACUACAAGAAAUAACUUUGAAGGAAAAAAAGUCAUUAGCUUAGAAUAUGAAGCAUAUCUACCAAUGGCAGAAAAUGAAAUCAGAAAAAUUUGUAGUGACAUUAGGCAGAAAUGGCCAGUCAAGCACAUAGCAGUGUUCCAUAGACUUGGUUUGGUUCCAGUGUCUGAAGCAAGCAUAAUUAUUGCUGUGUCCUCGGCCCACAGGGCUGCGUCCCUUGAAGCCGUGACCUAUGCCAUUGACACCUUAAAAGCCAGGGUGCCCAUAUGGAAAAAGGAACUAUAUGAAGAAUCAUCAUCAUCUUGGAAAAGGAACAAAGAAUGCUUUUGGGCAACCAACAGCUAAUCAGCUUAUUUUUUUUAGAGUGCUAAAUUAUAAAUUUGGUGAACUUCUAUUGUUGAUCACAUUUUAAUCUUUGUUCUCCACAAAUUAAGACAGUUCACAGGUUGUACCUGUGGGAAAAUGGUAGAAAAAGCAAAGUAAGUGGGUGUGUAGGAUGAGGGGUUAUUUGGAACUACCAAUGGGGAAGAACUGGGAUAAUUGAGAGAUGUCUGUGGUAAAUAUGUUCUUCAGUGACUAAUUUUCAAUUGUAACUCAAUCCUCAUUGAGGUGUGCCCCUCCUCACUACUUCAACUGUCUCAGAGAGCCCUAUUCCAUGCCAGUACAUUGAUGGUUUUAAUAUCAGGGUGUAUUGUGGAAAUAUGGUUGAACUGGAAAGUCUUUGUCAAUUUUGAUAUUGUAUAUUAUAUAUUCUCAGAACUUUAUAUAUUUUAAAAAAUAAACUUAAACCCAUGAUUUAAAAAAGUUAAAAUUUCUUGUCUUUUAAAAUUCAGUGAUAAUACCUAAAAUAGUUUAUAUUAUGAAGAUUUAUAGUAUUUUAGAAUCUUUAAUUAUACCAUAAUAUUCUGUUCUAUUAUUAUUAUUUAUCAAUAUACAAGUCAGUAUAAAAUUAUUGAACUGAGCUAGUAACCUAAUUAGGGACACCUUGUUGGUUUGUGUUAAAAUGUUAGUUGUUUUUUAAAAUUUGACCCGUAGCUAUUUAAAGAAAUUGUAUUAAGGAAAUUAAUAUAAGAGAAAUUAUAUGAUUAUUUCUUAAAGCAUUUUCAGGAUAGUUUUCCUUCUUAUACUAAAUAAUGAUCAAAUUUUUGAUUAGUCAACUUAUAUAUGGUAUCUUGAUUUGAAUAUAUAAAUCCUAUACAAUUUUUUUGUGAAAAAAUUUUCCAGCUUUGUUGAGGAUACACGCAUACUCUUUGAGUUCUUAAAGUGAUAAAAUGUUGGUGUACUUUGGGCAAUUGGCAUCAUCAUAAAAUUAGCAUUUGCAUAUCAAGAACAAAAACAGUACUUUCAGACAAUUAGUUUGAAAGUUUUCCUAGUUUCUGUGAAAAAUAAGAAAACUAGUAAUCCUAUUAUAUCUGGUGAAAACAAUUCUUACCUAAGGAACUCAUUUAUUCAACAAAUACAUAUUGAAUAUCUGUUCUGUGCCAAACACCCAUCCUUGUCUUCCAAGAAAUAUCACAAGGAAGAGUCUGCAUGCACUCUCUGGCUGGGAUCUACAGGAUAGCCAUAUACACUUUAGGAAUCUCCUGUUACUUAGCUCUUGUACCUUGGCCUGUCUGGAGAGUAAGCCAGAAGGACCCUGGGAAGACAGACAAACCUGGUGGCACUUCCUCACUGAACUAGGUUAGUCUGGUCUCAGCCUUACCCUUUCAGCUCAGUGCCUUCCUCUCCUUUCCUGGAGCUGUCUCCUGCCCCCACUGAGAUCAGGGACCUGGUAUUGGAUGAAGUCAGUUGUAUUGCAUCUGAAAGCUUACAGUUACAGUGUUAUGGGCCACUCUGCAGUGGAUUUUUCUACACCCAUGUUGUUAACACAAUGUUUAUUAUGUUAAUAUGAGGUAUAUACAGAAGUGAAAGAUUUCACCUGGAGCAUGCUGAAUCUGGAAAGUUUUUUGAAGUUUUUAGUGCAUUGCAACUGGGCUUAAAUAGAAUCUUCAUUAAUCCUUACUUCCUUAGGAGUGGCCGAGUUAAGGGGCUGGUAUUCUGACACAUAAAUUUUGCAUCUUGAUUAUACAACUCAUUAAAAGAGCAACCUAAAACAAAAAAUCAGCCUUUAAGCAACUUGUCUGCAAGAUUUUCAAGGUCAUCUUGGAGCUCUAUGUGAUUGGUAGGUGAAUUCAUUCAAGAAGUGAGAAAUUCAUAUUUAUGCUUCCAGUAUUUUUAAAAUAUUGAAAAAUGUUAUCGUAUGUGAAAGACUAGCUGAUGUUCAAUUAGUGAAGUGUUCUGUGGACAUUUUUGUCUUUUGAAUAUAUCUUAAGUAGUUUUUGAGAAAUGGUGAUUAAGAAGGCAGUAACUUGGGUAUUGGUUUCAGGUCCCUGAAAAUGAAUCUGGUUUCCUCGAGUCUCCAAUCUGCUUCUUGUGAUUGUGGAUUUGUUUGGCCUGCUGAUAAUCCUGUGACCAUGCUUCCCUCUCCAAUGUCGAUUAGUCAGGGCCUUCUCAUAGUUAAUCACAUCCUUGGAUCUCACAGUCCUCACCAUGGCCCACAGUCCCACACAGUAGGGUCCUGUUCUGCCCCUCACCUCCCAUCUUGCUGAAGGUUUGCUGCUUUGUGGUGAAUGGUGCUGGUAGAAUAUUUCUGCUUUUCAGAAACUUCACCUGUCCUUUCUAGAUUACUGUUCCUUCAGAGGUCCCCGUUGUCAGCUUCCUCUACUUAUUUCAGUCUCUGAUUAAAUGUUUCCUUCCUUAGAGAACUUUUCUGACUACCUUUUUAAAAACUGGAAUCCUGUCCCUUACUCUUAUUUUGUUGUGGUACUUAAUGAUACUUGAUGUACAACGUGUGCCAUUAAAUAUUUGUUGAAUGACUAAUGAAUUACCAGUGUUAUGUAUCCUGUCCCAAACUAAACAUACCUGACACAUUUAUAAUUGUAGUGUUUAAAUGUGAAAAAGCAUCUGGAUAAAUGACUGAGUGGGUAGAUGAACUUGUCUCCUCCACUUCUUUUCCCACUUCCAUACUAUGACGUAUGAUAUAGUUACCGAGCAUUUAGGAUAUUAGGAUUUUUCUUACAGUAGUGACGAACUGUGGCUGUAGUUAGGUGUAUCAUCCAGCAGAGGGUGACAGAGCCAGGGCUAGAGUAAGAACAACUUGCAUCUUUGAUUUUAUUUUGCAUGAAAAAGUUCACUUUAGUAGCCAUGUUCUUUAAAGUAAGACUGGAGUGGUCCUUCAGUGAAAAUAGGCCCUAAUUUUGUAUAAGAUGAAGUCCAAUUUUUCAUUGGUAUCUUACUUUAAAAUAUUAAAGAGUUAUGAUAGGAUGAGAAGAAUUUUUUUAAAAAAUACUGUUUGUAGUUUUUAACAAGUAAUAUAGAAUAAAUAAAAUGAAUUACCUUUAAAAAUGAACAAAUAUGAAAUUAUUUUCCAAUGAACUUCAUGGGACAAAGCAGUAGCUUUAAUACAGGUGUUUCCUAACUAGCUCUGUGAAAAACAACUAAUGCUCUUUUUUAUCUAACAUUGUAUUUUAAUGGGAGAUAGAUGCCACAUGUAUUGGUAGUUGUUCUGCAGUAAGCUGCCCAUAGAUGUUUCACUACAACGAGAUGGGCACAGAGGCAUGUCACAGCAUGCCUGACAGGAGCAAGAGACUUCUGUGUACUGAUACAAAUGGCAGCACACAUGGAUGUUCUACUCAAACUUUGCACUAGUGUACCAUUGUAUAUAAUGGUGGCAGUCUGUAGAUCAAUGCAUAUCUUGUUUUAAUUGUUCAGUGUAUUUAACGUUUAAAAUAAAAGUACUUAACCCCUCCUGGUACCACCUAAAUUAUUUUUUUCAGUUAUUCUUAUAACUCUGCCUUUUGAUGUUGCAGCAGUUUGGCUGGGUUUUGUUCUUAUAAGUCCAGACAACUGUGGCUAGUUAUAUCCUUAGUCUUUUUAAAUUGAAUCUUGAAUGUGUUCUGAAGCAAAAUGAAUCCAUAAAACAAAUACAGUGAAAUGUAUAACAUUUAACAAUAAAAACCAAAAGAAAAUAACUGUAUAUUCAAAACAACUUUAAUAAAUGAUAUUCAAUAAUAUGUAU